AUGCCUAUUACCAAGGAUGGUUUCGCCUGGACGGCGGCGGGGGGGGUUCGCCACGGCCUGCCCACGAUUGGCGCCGUCGAGCCUCUGACUCACUUUGCUGCCUCGUUGCAGGAGAGCCUAACAUACGACGUGAUCGUCAUUGGCGCUGGCUACGCCGGGCUGAUAGCCGCUCGCGAUCUCGCCACACAAGGCAAAAGGACGCUUCUGGUGGAAGGCCGUGAUAGGCUUGGAGGGCGGACGUGGCACGCCACAGUUGAUGGCUUCAACUACGAGAUGGGCGGCACUUGGGUCCAUUGGCAUAUGCCGCACAUCUACCGCGAGAUCUCCCUCUACGGUCUACAGGACGACUGGAUCGUCACCCAGAAUCCCGGGUCCAAAAACGACUACUUUACGCUUACAGAUCUCGUGAGGCAGCAGAACUUCAGCCACGCUGACGAGGAAGCCAUGUUCGGCCGUGUAUGGCGUGCGUUCUGCAACCUGGACGACGAUGACCUGCGUCAGUCUUGGAAGUACCCCUUUGGCACCAAGCAGUCGCCUGAGCUCUCCGCCAAGUGGGACAAGCUAUCCUGCAAGGAUCGUUUGGACCAGAUCAGGCACCGCUUCAGCACCGAGGAGAUAGCUGUGCUGGAGGCGCUCCUCAUACAGAUGGGUGGCAAUUCGCUCGACAAGAUGGGUCUUCUCAAUGCCUUGCGCUGGUGGGUCCUCGGCUCGCAUCAGCCCACCGGCCUCAACGACAUUGCGCUCCACACUCGACUGAGGUCAGGCAACAGCGCCCUCCACCGCAAGAUCUUUGAGCACGCAGUCUCUUCGGGGAACCUGUCCUACAGCUUCAAGACUGCCGUCUCUCGCGUUGAAGAAGCCGAUGGUACCGUAACCGUUACAUCUCGGGAUGGCAGGUCCUGGAAGGCUCGGUCCGUCAUCUCCACCAUCCCGCUCAACGUCUUGGCAUCGGUUGAGUUCUCGCCGCCCCUUCCGGCAGCCAAGGUUGAGGCCUCCCAUCUAGGCCAGGUCAAUCUUUGCAACAAGAUCCAUUUCGACAUUGAUGGCCCUGACUACCUGUCUUGGACGUCCUUUGCAUCCCCGGGAAAGGGGCUGGUCUGCGCUAUCGGAGACCAUCUGACCCCGGCCAACAACUCUCACCUUGUCGCUUUCGGGCCUGAUCCUUCGGGGCCCAGCGGUAUUCCUCUCGAUAAUCUCGACAAGGUAAAGGAGGCACUGAGACACCUCCUGCCCAAGGAAAAGCGGAAUGAGGCAGUUAUAAGCCGCAUCGUCGCUCACGAUUGGAACAAGGAUGAAUUCUCCAAGGGCACUUGGUGCUACAUGAGCCCAGGGUUUACAACCAAAUAUAUCGACGCUCUCCAGAAGUCCCACGGAAACGUCCACUUUGCGAGCGGCGACUGGUCCGAAGGCUGGCGCGGCUGGAUCGACGGUGCUGUCCAGGCUGGCAUGGAGGCUGCUCGCCAUGUCAUCCAACUACAGCGCACACAGGGUGACCAAAACGGGGGUUAUAGAUUAGCGAAGGAGCUCUCGCGUGCCCAUAUUUAG